AUGGGGCAGCCUCAGUUCCUUGCCAGCAGCCAGGUGCUGGCACGGACGGACGCACACCCCAAGGGCUGCCCUGGCCUGCUAGGGACCUGCGGCCUCCGAGCUCAAGCACCUGCCUACAUCCCCAUGAAUUAUUACUAUGGCAACGUUUAUGACUACGGUUUGACACGUGUUGUGGGAGGCACAGGUGCCGUAGAAGCAACCUGGCCCUGGAUCGUCAGUUUGCAGCACCCCUGGUCACCACACCUGGGACAUUACUGUGGAGGGACUCUCAUCACCUCAGAGUGGGUCCUCACAGCAGCCCACUGCUUCGAUGUGUUCAAUAACAUCAGCAUGAUGUAUGUGGUGAUUGGAGCCACCCAGUUCACUCAGCUGGGCCCUGGUGCACAAGUGCGCAGUCUCAAGCAGGUGGUGUUACAUCCAUACUACAAUCCUGACGACUUCAGCUAUGAUAUCGCCCUGAUGCAAUUGGACCAUCCUGUCCACUGCAGCCCCUACAUCCAGCUGGCUUGUGUGGCUCACCCCAAUCUAGUGUUCUCAGAGCUCAGCAACUGCUGGGUGGCCGGCUGGGGUGCCGUCACUGCAAGAUCUGAAGAUUCAAGUGAUCGCCUCCAGGAGGCCAAGGUCAAGCUCAUCGAUCUGCAGCUCUGCAACAGCAGUGACUGGUAUGCAGGGGGCAUCCACCCCCACAAUGUGUGUGCUGGUUACCCACAGGGCAACAUUGACACCUGCCAGGGUGACAGCGGUGGUCCUCUCAUGUGCCAGGACAUCAAUGAUGCGCACUGGUGGCUUCUUGGAGUGACCAGCUUUGGAAAAGGCUGUGCCAGGGCAAUGAGGCCUGGAGUCUACAGCUCCACUCAGUACUUCUACGACUGGAUCAAUUACAACAUGCAUGGAGGCACAGUUCAAAGUGCUUCUUGA